UAUUGGCAAUCAGAUAGAAACAGUGUGGCGAACGGUUCAACAGAGAUGGGCGACUAAGACCCUUGACAGCUAUUGAUGUUUUACAUCGUGUUAUUAGAUGUUUUGAUUAAUUUGCAUUCAUUAUCAAUUGUAUUUCUGUAGGAUUAUACUUUCUUUCUAACCAUGAAUUUUGAAAUACCAACAGGACUUACGGAUCUUUUACAAGACUUCACUGUUGCUGUUUUAAAAGAGAGACCACCAAAUUUAAAACAGUUUGCUGCUGAUUAUUUUGCAAAACUUAAUGAACAGAACAAUGAAGAAGAUGGGGAAGACAAACCAAGGGGUGUUAGAUUUGCUGGUUCGCCAAAUCCUGAACCAAUGCAGACUGAAGAUGAUGAGGAUUCUGAUGAACCAAUGGAACCACCAACCAGAGGGUUUACAAGAAGACAAUCUGUAUCUGCUGAACGAUAUGAUCCUGCUGAUGAUGAAGACUUAGACGAAAAAGUUGUAUAUCCAAAAACAGAUGACCAGAGACAAAGACUUAAUGAAGCUGUGAAACACAUUUUAUUAUUUAGAUCAUUAGAACCAGAACAGAUGCAAGAGGUGUUAGAUGCAAUGUUUGAAAAAAAGGUAGUAGUAGAUGAACAUGUAAUUGACCAAGGUGAUGAUGGAGACAAUUUUUAUGUAAUAGACAGUGGAAAAUACGAUAUAUUUGUAAAUGGCAAUCUGGUAGGAAACUAUGACACCAAUGGAAGCUUUGGUGAAUUAGCAUUAAUGUACAAUAUGCCACGAGCAGCCACAAUAGUUGCCACAACAGAAGGAACAUUAUGGGCAAUGGAUAGGCAGACAUUUAGGAGAAUUGUUUUGAAAACUGCAUUCAACAAAAGAAAGAUGUACGAGACUCUAAUUGAGGGUGUACCAGUAUUAAAAGCAUUAGAGAUUUAUGAAAGACAGAAUGUUGCAGAUGCCUUAUUUUCUAAAACAUUUGAAGAAGGUUCUUGUAUAAUAAAGCAGGGUGAUGAUGCUGAUUGUAUGUACUUUAUAGAAGAUGGAGAAUGUCGAGUUACAGUUACUAAUAAGGCUGAUCCUAGUGGAGAAGAAGUUGAAGUUAAGAGAUAUAACAAAGGAGGCUAUUUUGGAGAACUUGCCUUAGUAACACAUAAACCAAGAGCUGCUAGUGUAUAUGCUGUAGGUAGAGUAAAGGUAGCUGUGCUAGAUGUACAGGCAUUUGAACGACUACUAGGACCAUGUAUGGAAAUAAUGAAGAGAAAUAUAGAUGAAUAUGAGGAACAGUUAGUUCAGCUUGAUGCCCAACAUUUAUAGAAUGAGCUUGACUUGGUUGAUGCCAAGCCUCGAUAGUAUCAUACAUAUUGAGAUUUAUAGGCAAUAUUCAUCGAAAACUUGGGAUCGUAAAAAGGGAGGCAAAUCUGUCAUGUCAGUGGAGUAUGAACUGUGUGAAGUACAUAUAUAUUUACUUGUGAUCUCUUUCCAAUUGUAUUUUUGCUCACCAGACUGGAUUGGUCAAAGUUCAUGCCAAAGGUGCUGUUAACAGAUCAGGAAUAAUUUGUAUUAGUGGCACUUAAACCAAAUUGUAUUAUAGUACCAUUAAUUUAAACCUAGAAUGUAAAUUUAACCAGUGUGUUUAUUCAAAUAUGGUUGAGCUAUAUGAAUCUUUAUUAUAAACCAAAUGUGUAAAGUUUAUCCAUUUGUAACCAUUUGUGAAAUCUGUUCAAUCAUUUUUCUUCCAAAAGAUAUUUGGAUAUCGCUGAUCAUCUAUCAGACGAGCUUAAUGAGGUCCAUAUGUCAUGUGUGUACUUUUAAAACACUAAGGACGUCAUGUUUAUUGUAUCUGGUAUCUUACAUUGAUGACAGGUUUCUGGGUAAAGGUGUGGAAAAAAGUGUUGGUUAAUGGUCUGCUGCAGAAUUAUAAUGAUGAUAUAAUCUAAUAAUAACUAGCUUUAUCAUUGAUUUUAUUCAACCCAUGUAGGACAUAAGUAUCAUUAUCUUCAGAUUUUAAUGAAGAUUGAUUCUGUCAAGUCUCCAGAGAGGAAUCAUGGAAAUGCAUUGUUAUACUAUAAUUGAAUUCUUUUGACUUUUAAGUUGUAUGAGAUGGUUACAUUAUAUGUGUCUUUUAAAACUAUUUAAUUCUUCAGUACUGUUUUACGGGUUUUUAUUUUUACUUUUGUUGUUGCUUGAAAGUUCUUUGAAAUUUGAAUACUCUUAAGACAGGUUUUCUUAUAUAUGCCAGAUUUGAUUUUGGAACAGUCAUUGGGAGUGGACAGAAGCAAGUAGAAAGUUGACUUUAUUCUUUAAAAAAAUAUUCUUCCAGUUUCCAUUUUAUUUUAAAGUAUAUGUAAAAUAUAUGGCUAGAUAAGGAUAGUAUAGAGAGGAUGAUACUGAUAGAUUGUAUAAACUUUAGUUUGGGAGUUUACCAUGUUCUUGACUAAUUUGAUUUAAUGAUAUAUUGUAAUAUAAUUUACUUGGUAAAUAAAGUUGUUAUUUUUAUUGAAUGUUAUUAAGUUUAUUACAGUUUUGUAUAUUUUUGUGUGACAGUAUACACAAAUUGUAUGACAUUCCAUUCAACAUGAUCUUUUUAGAUGAUUUUCAGAUUCGAUCAUCUUUAAGACUGUCCCCUGGUAAAUAAUUGGAUGUGUUCUAGUCAUAAUUCAGUACAUUCAGAUAUUUUAUUUUUUUAUCUUUUUCACCUGUGACUGUUCUUUUACCUGUGAAAAUCAAGGAAAAUGACUGACUUUAUUUGCAGAAAUGACCUAAAAAACCAAAUUGAAGCUUGCCAUAAGAUUUUUGUUUAAUGUGAUGACUUGUGUUUCUAUUGGAUGUGUGUGUUUUGGUUUUACUUUACAAUCUGUUAAGAUUUAAUAUAAUAGUUCAGAGAAGAAUAUCUUCUUUAUUACCAAAUAGUUUAAUGACCUAGUAUAGUGAAGUUUGGUUCAGGCUUGUAGAAAAUUACAUAAAAUUUAGUGUAGGACAAAUAGAAGAACUUUUCAGUAACCUUGUAAAUGAAAAUGUCCAUUGUCUGGUUUUCAAUCAAAGAUUGAAAGAAAGGAGGAGGUGUGGUAAGAGCUGUUAUCUGGUCCUUGAAAUGGCUAAAGUAAUGAAAUUCUUCAAUCAUUUCAAAAUUUGUUAAUUUUAUUGAUAAAUGAAAAGCUUUGUAUAAUUUGGACUCUUUAUUAAAGUGCAGAAAUGUCACUUGUGAUUCUGCUUUAUGUAAAUGCAAAAUUUGUGUAUUUUUUUUACAUAGGUUUUAGGUGAAAUACCUGUAAAUAUGAGUUGAGGCCUAAAAAUAAUUUACCCAUGUUGACAUCUUUGAAUAAGACUUUAACCAAAGUAUAUUUUGAUGUGGCCUUAGCUCAUAUCUAAAUAUUGAUGACAAGAUCUUAAAAUCAGGCUAUUUUUGCAUAUCUGGCAAUUUCGCAAUAAAUGGAAGAAGUUUGAAAUCUUAACCAAAUACCGGUAUUUAAGACAAAAUCAGAAUAAAUAUAAAUAUUGAUAUCUGAUGGACUAAUAAUGUUUUAUGAACUUAUAAGGAUGUUAUUUUGUAGAUAAUACUUUUUGAUUUUAAAAUUCAAAGGGCAAAAGAAGUGGCUUUAUCAUACCUCCUUUUUUUGAUAAAUUCUUAUUGCUUUGCUGUUUGAAUAAAAAAUGGAAGCAUUUAAUUCUGUUAGCAAAGCUUUGAUAAAAAAAAAUCUUAUUCUGUUAACAAAAUUGAUUUUAUUUAUUAUCAUUUAUAUGUGGAAGAAAAAUAUCAAUUGCUGAUUGUCCCACAGAAUUUGUCAACAAUAGCAAUAUUUAAAGAAGGAUUUUUUUUUAUUUUGUAUUUUUUGGAGUCCGCCAUUAGGGUACAGACUCUCCAAGCCUAAGAAAGUGCUGUAGAAUUUAAUAUUUACUAUAAAUAUGUUGAGUAUAAAUUAUUACUUUGUAGAUGUAGAUUGUUAGUGCUGUAAUUAUAUUUCCCUCAUGCAAGGAAAUGCCAAUAUAACUAAAAAUGAUAUGCAUGAAUGGUACUUUUUGAAUUCAUGAACAGGUAAUUCAUCAUGCAGUAUGAUAGUAUAGACACAUUCUCAUACAUUUACUUCUGUCUUUUAUACUUGAGCAGGUGUUUCUGAAGAAAAAAAUGUUAUUGGAUCAUUUAAUGAAAAAUGCUAUCAUACCAUAAAAAUUAGUCAUAUUCUGGACUGAGUAUGAAAAUAUCACAAUUAUUUAUUUAGUUCAUGCAUGUUAUUUAAUGGUUUUGUAAAACAGUUGUGUGUUGGGAAAUAUGAAGAAAUGUUCCUUAAUUGAUUAAAGAUUUGAAAUACUCA